AAGGGCCUGGUUAUACUGCGUGAUGGUUUUUAUAAUACCGUGCUGAUUUUACAGUCAACAUUUUGCAAGGCGACAUAUUAUGCAUAGCUUUUCUGUUCAACACUACGUACGGACGUGUUUAUUUUGUUUCACGUGAAAAGUGGCGAUGGAAAAAUUUAUGAACAGGAACCGUCGCAUUCUUGUCAUCACUGCCAUGGUUCUGUUGCCUAGUUUACUGGUGUCGUCGCUGUGGAUGACCAAUAAGCGAAUGAAAAAUGUUCAGAGGAUAAAUGAUGUCAACGGAGUGGGGCUGGACGACAAAAUCAAGCCCGGAAAUCAAAUCGUUUACACAAAUCGCCUACGUGAAAAGGUAGCAAACAGCCGCGUCCCCAGCCAAAAGAGUCGAUACGGAAGCUCCUCAUAUUCGCAACUGCAAGUCAUUAAUAAAGACCCAGUUUACCAGAUUAGUUCUUACGAUGCCGAUUAUUAUUCCAACCAAGCCGAUCCUUAUCUCUACCCGGAGGAUAUGCCUUAUCUGGAAUGCAAUAAAGGCAAGAAGAAGAAGAAGGUUUUGAAGGCCAGUCUCAUUUUGGGGUCGGUCGGGUUAGCUCUCGGCAAAUUAGGCCUAAUCUCUAUCUCAUCCCUUCUGGUGGUCGAGGACACGACUACAACCUCAACAUCGACAUCCACGUCAACGUCGACGUCAACAUCAACAUCUACAUCCACAUCGACGUCAACUUCAACAUCAACAACUUCAACGACAUCUACCACUUCAACAACGUCGACGACGUCGACGACGACAUCGACGACAACGACGACAAUGAUGCCUAUGACUUGUAGUACUACAACAACGACUGCAACGGGAAGCUACAAAACAGUCCGCAAUCCUGGCAUCCAGGUGGAACAGUGUCUGUCCAUCACUGUAACUGCCGGUAGCCACGUCACAAUGAUUUGCACGUCCGUCUACACGGCAGGUGGAACUUACGUUACGAUCCUCGAUUCGAGCGGAACUUCGAUCAUCGCCAACCCGCCCACCGUCAAUGUGGCGUACACUUCGGUGGACAACACGUUGCUGAUCAAAUCACUCGCCAGUAGUGCUAAUUCUGACGUACUCUGCUGCACUUGGUCGACAACGUAGAAAUGCUAAAAAUAUUUUUCCCAGACGACAGUUCUUUUUUUUUCGAGCGAAAGUAACAAAGUGCUGUUUAGUAAUUUUCGCCAAUAAUAUUAUUUACAAAUUUUUUGUUGUAAAAUAUAACGGUUAUGUUAUAUAAUAAUUCUUAAUGGCCAUAUAUUACGUAAUGAGUUUGUAGAGUACAACGGAAAUAAAAAAACGUUGCAUUUGUGCUUACAAAUAAAAUCUUAUUCUAUGUAGGCCUACAGCCUUUCUACUACAUGUUUUUAAAUCCCCUCCUCCCCCCCCCAUUAAAAAGCUGGAAUUAAGCAUUUAUGAAUAUAUAAAUAUCUUGCGGCCACAUUUGCUGGAACA